AUGCUAUCCCGCCGCGUCCUUACCUUUCUCGCCCUCGCCUCCGUCACCGCCGUCAUCUUCCUCAUCUCCUCGAGGAGACUUGGCGGCGACUGGACCAUUGAGGGCCCCAACUACCACCCUUUCAAGGGCCACGGCCCCCCGACUCCUCCGGGAAGCUCCCCCAGCGCCAGCCCCAGUGGCAGCGGCCGUCCUCAAGCACCGCCGCCUCCAAGCUACGAAGAUGAUCGCCUCGCUCAGCAAAACGUGUCGAACCAAGACAUUCCCUACCGUCCUCACGACCCCCUCUGCGACAACUUCCCUGACACGAGCAACAUUCUUGUCAUCAUGAAGACGGGCGCGACUGAGUCCUUCGAUAAGGUGCCUACCCAGCUCAUGACCAUGCUCAAGUGCCUGCCCGAGUACUUCAUCUUCUCCGACCUCGAUCAGACCAUCGCGAACUACCACAUCCGCGACAGCCUCGACGGUGUUCUCCCCGAAGCCAUGGAGGGCAACAGGGACUUCGACCUCUACCGCCGCCAGAAGGCCUGCCAAGCCGAUCAACAAAGCUGCAACAAGCUAGCCGAGAGCAAGGACGAGGGCUGGAAUCUCGACAAGUACAAGAACGUCCACAUCGCCGAGAAGACAUACAACAUGCGUCCCAACUACGACUGGUACGUCUACAUUGACGCCGACACCUACGUCCUCUGGCCCACCCUCGUUCAGUGGCUCAAGAACCUCAACCCCAAGAACAAGCACUACCUGGGCAGCGUCACCAUGAUCCGCAACUUCAUCUUCGGCCAUGGUGGAAGUGGCUACAUCGUCUCCCAGGCCGCCAUGCACGACAUGAUUGCCGGCCACAAGAACGUCGGCAACCAGUGGGAUCUUCGCGCCAGUAAGGAGUGCUGCGGCGACUACAUCUUUGCGCUGGCUAUGAAGGACAACGCCGAUGUCGAUGUGCAUAAUGUGUGGCCGACGAUCAACGGCGAGAAGCCCUUCACCCUCCCGUACGGCCCGACGCACUGGUGCCACCCCAUCGUGACGAUGCACCACAUGAACGCCGAGGAGAUCUCCACCUUUUGGGAAUAUGAGCACAAGCGCUACGCCGACCCGAACUUGCCGCAGCCACCUCCCGCUAUGCGCAUCAAGGACAUCUACAACGAGUUCUUCAAGCCCCGUAUGCAACCGAAGCGCGAAGAUUGGGACAACCUCGCUGACGACCGAUUCUACCUUGACGAGUCUGCCAACAAACACCAGGACUGGCAACUCGGCCGCGCCAAGACGGAGGAUCUCACACCGGAAGAAAAGGAGGCGCAUCUAUCCUUCGAGCAAUGCCGCACGGCUUGCGAGGCUGACAAGUCGUGCUUCUCCUUCCAAUAUAAGGACGGCGUCUGCAGUUUCUCCUGGUCGUGGAAGCUCGGCCACCCGGUCAAACGCGCAUCCAAUGACGAGAAGCGCGUCAUAUCCGGCUGGGCCGUUGAAAAGAUCAACGCCUGGAUCGAGAAGCAGGGUGAAUGCGGCCCCGUCAAGUGGCCCGAUGUUUGA